GCUCACAAGUACGGAGCCGGCAAGUGUGCCAACGUGAAACCGAUGGACGACUUCGACGCCGACCGGAUCGUCGGUCUCUGGUACGUCCACCGCGCCUUCGGCACCACCUCCAGCUGCCUGACGUUCAACUACACCCGGACCGAGAGCGGCCUGCGGGUGGUGGAGUCCAAGGAGCUGCGGGCGCUAGACGCCGUCAGCCUCGACCACAAGUACAGCAGCGUCGGCACGCUCAGGGACAACGGGCCGCCCGGAGCGUACCAGGCAACAUUCUCCACCAAUCCCCUGAGCUCCAAAUACGUCUUCAUGACAACCGACUACGACAAUUAUGCCGGCGUGUUCCACUGCCAGCACGCGGCCAAGAUCGUGCACCGGCGCAACGUGUACGUGCUGUCGCGCACGCCGGCCGUCGACGAGAUGUUUGUGGAGAAGGUUCGCCGUCGGAUGCUGGUGUUUGACCUGGAGCCGGACCACCUGGACGAGGUGGGCCACGCAGAUUGUAUCACCAAGGAGGAGAGUGACAUCAACAUCCGGCUGGACGGCACCUUGUUCGACUUCAGCAAGGAGUGAUGUGAGCGGGCGGGCCGAUCGGUCAGCAGGGGCCGCUGACCGGGCAGCGGGGACGGCCGACCGGGCAGCAGGGGCGGCUGACCGGGCA